AUGUCUCCCGAUCUUAAAAUCAACUUUUACACAACAUUCAAGGAGUCUAACUCAAGCAUGUCUGUGGAACUUGCUGAGCGAACGUAUUUUUCGAAGACGCACGUUGGAGGCAUGCAGCAAGCCCUUGAGAAAAAACAUGCAUUCAUUUUCGAAAGGCUUUUCCUGAAUCUGAUGAUCAUCAGGAACUUCACCAACUUCGACGGAACCACAUCGAUGUACGUGGUGAGGGAAAACCUUGUUCCCGGUUACUCCGCUUGGCUCUUGUACCGAGACAAUCCCUUCAAGCGGAAUUUGGACUGGUGUAUCUUGGCCUUCCAUGAGGCUGGCCUGAUCCGGCGAUGGAGCGAGGAGGUGCUGGGCGAAGAGAAGAAGCGAUACCACAAAAUCCGCCAGCAGAUGAAGCAGGAGACGGAGGCAGCAGGAACGGUCCAAGAAAAGGAGACCCAGAGCGGAGACUUGCAGCCGCUCUCGCUCCUUCACCUUCAGGGCACUCUCUUCGUCCUCGUGACCGGGCUCUUGGUCGGCGUCCUCGUGUUUCUGGCGGAGAGGCUGCUGCCCUCGGCGGGGUCAGCCGGCGGGGGGGCGCCGAGCAAGCCUUCGAGCUCUUCUCCGUGA